GAAAUGUGAAGCAACAGCUGCCGAUAUACCAGACAGAUGGCGUAUUAACGCUGAAACUCGGCUCCCUCAAAGCCCCUCGCCAUGAGAACAGUGGACAGGUCCUGUCUAUGGACUGGCUGCCGGAAAAACCACACAAUGUAAUAGCUAUUGGAUUCUAUGACGGUAUCGUGGGUCUUUGGGAUCUGUCCACUAAGUCUACGUUGCUGCAGAUGCGAGAGUCGGACGGGUCCCUGAGUCUGCUGCCCUAUCGAUGCUUGCUUGCUCACGAUCACGCUGUCCGGGCGCUGGCCUUCUGUCCCGCCUCCAGCAACCUGUUGGUGACGGGAGGAGAGGACCGCUGUAUAAAGACGUGGGAUCUGAAGAGGCUCGAUCAUCCAAUCACUGUUCAGAAACGCUAUCUGACCAAUGAAAUCUAUUGGCCGUUGAACGCACCGGGCUACCUGAUGGCCCAGGAUGCCGCCUAUGUAGCGAAGGGUUCACACGGAGUCCACUUCUUUGACCAUUUCAUGCAAACCGUCUACGCAAUUCCUCGGACCGGCAGUCUGUGGUCCUUAUCUUACACUGACUGGUUGAACAGCGUGGUGACGUCAGACAGUCUCGGUGACGUGAUCUUCGCCAUUUUACCUGAGAUCUGCAACAGUUGUCCGUACAUCAAACGCACAAUAGAGAGACGAUUCCCGAUAUACACGACGUCUCUGGUGCCUCAUGCCACAACUGAUGAAGAAGAUCCCGAGAUGGGAGCAGCGGAGGUGGAGGGAGUGGCAGCUGAAGAGCAGGAGGGAGGAGAGGCGGGAGAGCAAGAUCCUGGAUCUGAAGGUGGGGACGGGAACGAUAAUGAAAUCGGAGGAGAAGGACAAAGAGGUCGAAACAAUGCAAGCCCCCCUCUGCGGUUCCAGACGUACAAAGAGGCUGUGAAGAAAUACUGCCUUCACUACACAGACAGCAAUAUGCGCACCUUUGUUGGCUGCGAGAAACAAGCUUCCUGGAAACACAUGAGAGACAUGGAAUUGAAGACAGCGAUGAACCUGGAUGAGAUGCAACUGGCUGCACUACACAAGGUGCGUUUCAACCCAAACAUGAGCUGCCACGUCUGGGUAGCGUCGGGAGGCCAGACGGGGCUGGUCAGACUGAACUGUCUGAAGAGCAUGAUCAGCCCCAAUAUCAAGAAGAUGAUAAGUGAGAACCAGGCGCAGUUCAACGCCCUGUACUCGCCGAAAGACCAGAGCGAGGCGGUCCAGACCGAGACUGAGCAGCUAUAGCAGGAGCUCAGCGUCAGGAGGUGGAUCCCA